AUGGCUCGCUAUCGGUCCGGGUACAGCCUGCCCUCGUGCAGCGAGUAUGCGUUUGAGACCGACGCCUCCCGAAUCGACAUUGCCUUUGCGGCGAUCUUCUUCAUCGCGACCUUCGUGCUGCUCUUCGUUGGCUCGAGCCGCAUCGGCCGGGCCAAAAAGCAGGGACUCCAUGUCGCGGGCGCAGCUCUCCUCAUGAUCUCGAUUGUCUUUGCUUGGUUCGCCUACAUCAUCCGCCUCGUCUACAUCCCCCUCGAAGAAUGCGACAUCUUCCGCUAUGACCGCCUCUACCAGGCACCUCUUCUAGCCUCCUGGCUCGCCAGUCUAGCAGAGUACCUCCUCCUCGCGGCAAUCCUCACCUCGCUCACGCACAAGCUCCAAAAAGACCUCGGGCUCAUGCAGCCGGCACUCCUUAAGAGCCAGAAGCUCUGGGCUGUCCUCGUCAUCCUCGUCCUGCUUGCCGCGCUGAGCCUCUCAACCGCCUACAACCACUACAUCUACAACGAUGUCUCUGGCUCAUACUACUCCGCCUCGCCCGAGCUGCUUCUCAUGCCGAUGCGCGGCCUCUGGACAACGUACUAUGUUCUCGCGGCGGCGGGGAUGGUCCUCGCUGCUGGCACGAUGGGGAAGACGCUCUCCCAGGCGCCGGGGGGGUUGCGCUCGACGGCCCUGACCACCAGCACAACAGCCCUCCUCCUCUCCGCCCUCGGCCUCACCCUCACAAACAUGGGCAGCUACGUCGACAACAUGUUCAUGUACGUGAACAGCAGGCUGUACUACGGCUCCCCCGCGUACAAGACAUACGUGGCCAAGAACGAGGCGGCCAGCUUUCUGGAGUCGUUCUUCUACUGCGUUGCGUUUUGGGCCGCUGUGUAUGUGGGCGCUUAUCGGGUGGCAAGUGGUCCGCCGGCUUAUGCGCCCCCGCCGCCACAGCAGCCGAUGGUGUUUACCACGGGGAAUGAGGGGGUUCAGAGUGGGUAUAGCCGUGCGAUUGCUGAGGAAGGGGGUUUGGAGCAGGGGCAUGGGUAUGGGAGGAAUCCGGAUUAUGUGAGGUAG